UUCUUUAUCUUGUCUUUUUUAUUAUUAUCUAUUUAUUAUUCACGGGAUUUAUUUUGAACUUAAUUUCUGUUAUUCAUUAUUACAACAAUAUCUAGGUUUCUUUACGUAACCGAGUUGUUUUCUUAUUUACCAUUUAUUUAUUUGCUUAUGGGAUUUAUUAUGAACGUAAGCAUUCUGUUGUUCAUAAUUGCUAAUGCCAGCAAUAUUCAAGUUUCUUUACUUCUUUUCUGGUCUUGUUUAUUGAUCUAUUUACAUAUUUGUUUGGUCAUUGAAUUUAGUAUGAGCUCAAGGAUUCCGUUGUUCAUAUCUACUUAUGCCAGCAAUGUUCAAAUUUCUUUAUACUUACCUCUUGUGUUUAUUAUUCAUACAUUUACUUAUAUGUUACAGUAUAAUCGUAUAACAGCGAGUAUAUUGUUAACUUUGGAAUGUCAUUGGCCCUCUAUAAUGUGAAUUGUUAUUGGCAGUCUUACUAUAAUCCUUUUUGAUGCUUUCUCUUUAGGCUGGCACCUCAGUGGGUCUUCUUUUAUUUCUUUUAUCUUAAUUUUUGUAUUGCCCUUAGCCAGUACCCAUCUUACAUAAAAAAAAAAAAGACAUCUGUGUACCAUAUAAAUAGAUACUUAAAUGGUAGCAAUAUUACUGGAAGCUUACAGUGAUCAAUAUUAUAAAUGUUUACAAUGCUCGAUUCCUGUGGUGUCCAAAAUUCUGGUGGAUGGUGGUAUAAGCAUCUCUCCACAUUCCACCACGGCGCUGCUUCACGUGGGGAACUUAUACAAGAAAGCAAGGAGGCGACGUGACAUCAAUCCCAUAUCAACCCUUUAUCAAUCAGCUGGCGUGUCCCUCGAGGCAGUGAGUAAGCCCCAGGAUGAGAGAGUAGAGCCUAGAGUCAGUGGCGUAGGGAGGGAGAUGGGGAGAGCAACGGGCCACGUGUUGUCUUCGCUCCCCGAGGCUAGACGAAGAGCGAGUGGCCACGUACAUGUGUGUUUUCAUGGCGGGCCUGACAUUAACUUUAUAAGGGCUAUGGUGUCAGGAGGUGAAGAGGGAGGGGUGGCCCUUACCGUCUGGACCACACCAGCCUGGCGGUCACUUCUGGAGCACACUACCUAUCAGACCAGAGCCACGCAUGUCCUAGUGGGGCCCAGGCUGUGGCUGCAGGGCUGGCUUGGCAUGAUUCAAAAGAAGACAGCUGUAAAUAACAUCGGCAAGCAGGCAACGCAGUGGGUGUUUGUCUCAACCCAGAACAAGAACUGGAACUUCCAGGAGGCUUUGAUGCAUCGUCUACCAGAGCAGCUGCACUUCCUUUUGCUUCAGAGAGUCACUCAUCCAUCAUCUCUCCCUCUCAGCAGAAGCACCACUAGACAUAUGCACUGGCAGGGAAAGACACGAAGACGAAUAAGAAAUGAGAAUGAGGAUGGUGUUGGACUUCUAGGAGUGGAAGAUCGCAUGGAAGACUGGUAUUUAGAGGGGGGAAAACUGGAGGCAGUGGAUUUAGGUGGAAAACACAUUAAAACAGCAUUCCACCAACACAGAGAAACUGGAGGAGCUCUUGAUUUCAGGGUCAGAGCUGAAGAACAAAGUACAGAUUUGUUCACAAGAAAUGCUACUGGUGGAAGUCUUGAGCCAGAAGGAAACUCUAAGGCAGUGUUGCAGGGAAAUACAAUGGUUGCAGCCAAAGGAAGAGGCCUUGAAUCACUGGCUGGAGCUGAGAGAAAUACAAAAACCAUGUUCUUUGAAGAUACAUAUGCCACCAAUGAAGAUAGAAGUCUUGCACAAGAAGACAAACCUAAGAGACUUAUAGAAGCCUUUCAGCAGAUUGCAAGAACUUCCUUGACUUCAGGUAAGGUCACCAUUGAGCUCCUGAUGGCCGUGUACAGUAGUGAUGGCAGUGCCUCCUUCAGGGAGCAAGGAUAUUGGACCCCUGCCCAGGAGUUGGUUCUGAAUGGGCCCCUCCAAGCUUCCCCUGCUCCUUACUUCGGUGGGAGAGUCCUCACCCUCACCACCCUUCAUAAACCCGGAGUAUUCGAGCCACAUUCCAGCGGACGGAUCGAUGCAGCAGGAGGGUACAUCGCACAGCUACUGAGGGACCUGCAACACCACCUCAACUUCACCUCCCUUGUCACCACCACCAAUGACUGGGGCACAAAGAUUAAUGGCACCUGGAAUGGGAUGGUCGGGUUCCUUACUCGACGGGAGGCAGAUCUCGCACCCCUGGACUUCUCCCCAUCAUGGACUCGCCUUCCUGUGGUGGACUUCAGUGAAGUGUUCAGCACGGAUGGCAUCAUCAUCAUAUCCCAGGCACCGAGGCCCCUCAUGCCCCCAUUCCUUCUGCUGCAGGUGUUCUCCAUUGGGGUGUGGGCUUCUGUAGUGGCAGUGGGACUUUUAGCCGGCAGUGCAAUGUGGGGACUGGGCUGCAUCUACCACUACUAUACCAGAUUGGGAUCCAAAGGCAUAUACACCACAUCAAGCCAUCACCACCCAUCCUACUGGAGAACUUUGGCUGUGGUACUCAAGCUCUUCCUUAUCCAGAGUAGUAAUGAGAGGCACUGGAGUCGCCUGUGGUCUGGACGUAUCCUCUCCUCAUUCUUCUUCCUGGUGGCACUCUCUGUUGUGGCUCUCUAUCAGGGUUCCAUCAUCGCCUUCCUGGCCGUCCCACGCAACACUCAGCCCAUUGACUCAGCUGCUGACCUCAUGGAGCGGCUGGACUCUGUUGCUCCCAUUGUCAGGAAGAACACUGUUUAUUAUAACUUCAUUGUGAAUUUUGAGAGUUACCGUCCCAUUGCUGACAACUUCAAAUUUUACCAAGACUCCUUCCUCAAUACGUGGAACUUCUUCCGCCAUGUGGAGGCUGGGGAGUAUGCCCUCAUAGACACUUACUCAUCAGGUGUGGGUCGGGCUGCCAACUUUGAGGCUCGGGGGAAGAAGUGUCGCUUUUAUACCUCCAGAAACCUGAUGAAGACUGACCUUGACCUCAUGAUCCAUCCACAGAACUCUGUCUACAAGCACCACAUUGACCAGGCUUUGCGUCAACUUCGCUCCUUUGGCCUCAUUGACAAGAUCAAGUCAAACUACUUCAGCUCCCCCUGCAAUCAAGAGACAGGCCAGCGUGAUCCUCUCUCUCUCUCCCUCACGCAGAUGCAGAGUGCCUUCUAUGUGCUGGCUGCAGGCAGCACUCUCUCCUUCCUUUGCUUCACAGUGGAGCUUGCCGCUGCUUGUGUAGGCUGUGCACCACAUGGAACAUAGUUGAGGGACCGAGAAACAAGGAAGGAACA